AGUAAAACCUGUGGAAACACGGAACACUGAGUGACACGAACAGCCUCAUCAUGCUGUCCACCCUGUGAAGGGUCUCCAAGUGACUCACUAACAGAUAUCCAGCUCUGCAAGGUGUGACUGAGUAAGAAACAGUGGAACAACAAACAGGACCCAAGUAAAACCAUCUGGCAGCGUUCAGCAUUAUCAUACAGAGAAUUCAUGAUCUCCAGUGAAUGAUCAUUGCCUUAUGUUUCACUGUCACUUUGAGACACAUCCAGUUCUGCAGGUCACCUGGAAUGACUGGACCAGUGAUGAACAUCAGUGUCUCUGAGUGUCUCUGUUUGAUCCUCCUGCUUCUCCAACAGACCACUGUCUCCACACUGGAGAGGUUUGAGGUUCUUGGUCCAGCUCAGCCUGUAGUUGCUGUAGCUGGUGAAGAUGUUGUUCUGCCAUGUUACCUCAAACCCAACAUCAGUGCUGUGGACCUGCAUGUCGAGUGGUUCAGAGUUCAGAUCAAUAGCCCACUUGUACAUCUUUACCGGGAUCAUGAGGAAAGAAAUGAGAAUCAAGUUCCAUCCUACAGGGGAAGGACAUCAAUGUUCCCUGAGGAACUGAGGAACGGAAACACAUCAUUGAAAGUGAAAAAUGUGCGAGGAUCUGACAAUGGAGAGUAUAAAUGUCUUGUCCAGUCGGGGAAAUUUUAUGAUGAUUCUUCCAUUCAAGUUUAUAUUAAAGCUGUAGGAACCCAUCCAGUGAUCUCCAAUGAGGGAUACAAAGAAGGAGGGAUCAGUCUGGUGUGUGAAUCUAAAGGCUGGUACCCUCAGCCUCAAGUGGUCUGGAUGGACAGUGAAGGACACAGUCUCCCUGCUGGACACACAGAGACACACACAGACAGUAUGGACCUCUUCACCGUGAGACGACGCAUUAUUGUACAGGAGACAGAAACCAAUAGGUUCACCUGUCGAGUUCAACAGCAACAGAUAAAUGAAAUGAAAGAGACAAAAACUAACAUCCCUGGUGAGAUGUUCCAUCGUGCCCAUCCCUGGAAGGUGACCUUUGCUGUCAUCUUCAGUCUGUCUGUUGUUGGUAUUAUUGGAUGCACAAUUUUGAUUCACCGUUUUGUAAAACUGCGGAAAAAGAGAGCUCAGCUCAAAGAACAAUAUGAACUUCUGAAGGCACAAAGAUACGCAGUUGAUGUGACUCUGGACCCUGAUACAGCACAUCCUAAACUUGUCCUGUCUGAGGACAGGAAACAAGUGAGAUAUGGAGACACAUGGCAGGAUCUCCCUGACAACCCAGAGAGGUUUAAAUACCAGAAAAGCGUCCUGGGAAAAGAGGGGUUUUCUUCAGGGAGACGUUACUGGGAGGUGCAGGUUGGGGACAAGACUUACUGGAGACUAGGAGUGGCCAAAGAGUCCAUCAACAGGAAGGGAAAAAUUAAACUGAAUCCUAAUAAUGGUAUCUGGGCUCUCAGACUGAUGGAAAAUAAGUUCAAGGCUCUCACUGACCCCCGCGUGUCCCUCCCCCUGAGUGUGGAGCCCCAGAAGGUGGGGGUGUUUGUGGACUAUGAGGAGGGUCAGGUCUCCUUUUACAGUGUGGAGGAUAAGUCUCAUAUCUACACUUUCACUGGAUAUAAAUUCACAGAGAAACUCUAUCCGUACUUCAGCCCAGGCUUCUGGUACUGCAGUGAGAACUCAGCCCCACUGAUCAUAUCUCCUGUCAGUGAUACAGACUGAAGAAACUCAUUUUAGCUUUUAAUGUUGAGGUCAUGAUGCCAUAUUAUAUUCUGGUUUAAUCUCCCAUCUUACCCUCAUUCAGGUUUGUAAUUUCUCCAC